AGGAGGAGGACGUGCACCGGGCGCUCUCUGGUGGGGUCGGGGGUAGUAGUCCACACAUGUCAAUACAUAGACAGAAGGGGCAUUUGUGAGACGAAGAUUUGCCCCCGGGCUGGGCUGGAGGAGCUGAAUGCUGAUGGACGGCGGAGGGCUGACUGUGCUGAAAGCCUUGAAGUGACAGUGACCACAUCCAGAUCUCCGGCCCUGCUCCUCUGGUUAACGCUGAGCAUUGCAAGGUCCGAGGGGCAGCAUCUUCACCACCGUCAUCAACAUGUCCACGGUCCAGACCACCGUGGCCGACUUACGUUCUAGGGUGGGGGGCUAUGAAAAGACAGACGACGUUUCUGAGAAGACAUCGCUCGCUGAUCAAGAAGAAACCCGAACUAUUUUUAUCAAUCAGCCUCAGCUUAUAAAGUUCUGCAACAACUGGGUCAGCACUGCAAAAUACAACCCCUUUACGUUUCUGCCAAGAUUUCUCUACUCCCAGUUCCGGAGAGCGGCCAACUCGUUUUUCCUGUUCAUUGCCUUGCUCCAGCAAAUUCCUGACGUGUCUCCUACUGGUCGAUAUACGACUCUGGUUCCACUGCUGUUCAUCUUAGCUGUGGCCGCCAUCAAGGAAAUCAUAGAAGAUGUUAAGCGGCACAAAGCUGAUAAUUAUGUAAACAAGAAGAUCACACAAGUUCUACGGAAUGGAGCCUGGGAGAUUGUGCACUGGGAAAAGGUGGCUGUAGGGGAGAUAGUGAAAGUGACCAAUGGGCAGCAUCUCCCAGCUGAUCUCAUCAGUCUGUCUUCAAGUGAGCCCCAAGCCAUGUGCUACAUUGAGACCUCAAACCUUGAUGGGGAGACCAAUCUGAAGAUCCGCCAGGGUCUUUCCUUGACAGCAGACCUGAAAGAACUUGACACCUUGAUGAGCUUAUCUGGCAAAAUCGAGUGUGAAAGCCCCAACAGGCAUCUGUAUGAUUUCAAUGGAAACAUCAGGCUUGAUGGCCAAGCCACUGUCCCUUUAGGUCCAGACCAAAUCCUUCUGAGAGGAGCACAGCUGAGGAACACGCAGUGGGUUCAUGGCAUAGUUGUCUACACAGGCCAUGACACAAAGCUUGUACAGAAUUCAACCCGGCCACCGCUGAAGUUGUCCAAUGUGGAGCAUAUAACCAACAUCCAGAUCCUGCUCCUGUUUGGGACGCUCAUCACAAUCUCCUUAGUGUGCUCUAUUGGGUCUUCAAUCUGGAACUCCAGACACGAAGAGAAAGACUGGUAUCUCAAUCUGAAUUAUGGCGGAGCGAACAACUUUGGACUGAAUUUUUUAACGUUUAUCAUUCUCUUCAACAAUCUCAUACCCAUCAGUUUGCUGGUGACCUUAGAAGUGGUGAAAUUUAUACAAGCGUAUUUCAUUAACUGGGAUGUGGACAUGCACUAUGAACCAACAGAUACUCCAGCCAUGGCCAGAACAUCAAACCUCAAUGAGGAAUUAGGUCAGGUGAAAUAUAUAUUUUCUGACAAGACUGGGACACUGACCUGCAAUGUCAUGCAAUUCAAAAAGUGCAGCAUAGCAGGAAAUGCCUAUGGUCACUGUCCAGACCCAGAGGACAAUAGGUAUUGUGAAGAUGACUGGCAUGAACCACCAAGUAGUGAUGGCCAAGCCUUUCAUGACUCAACCUUAUUAGAAAACCUCGAAAACAAUCAUCCCACUGCCCCUGUCAUCUGCGAGUUCCUCACAAUGAUGGCAAUCUGUCAUACUGCCGUUCCAGAGCAUGACGGAGACCAGAUCAUUUACCAGGCAUCUUCUCCCGAUGAGGGGGCCCUAGUAAGAGCAGCAAAGCAACUGAGGUUUGUGUUUACUGGAAGGACUCCCAGCUCCGUGAUAAUAGAAUCACUUGGCCAGGAAGAAAGGUUCGAGUUGCUGAAUGUACUGGAAUUUACAAGUAAUCGAAAGCGUAUGUCAGUGAUUGUCCGUAACUCCUCAGGGAAACUGAGAUUGUACUGCAAAGGGGCUGACACAGUCAUUUAUGACCGCCUGGCUGACGCCUCCAAGUACAAAGAAAUUACCUUAAAACACCUGGAACAGUUUGCCACAGAAGGUUUAAGAACCCUCUGUUUUGCGGUGGCCGCCAUACCGGACAGUGUGUAUGAAGAAUGGCUCAGUGUGUAUCACAGGGCCUCCACCUCUGUGCAGAACAGGGCUCUCAAGAUGGAGGAGUGCUAUGAAAUGAUAGAAAAGAACCUCCAUUUACUUGGGGCAACAGCCAUUGAAGAUAAGCUACAGGACAACGUACCGGAAACUAUUGAGACCUUGGUGAAGGCAGAUAUCAGAAUUUGGAUUCUAACUGGAGAUAAACAGGAAACUGCUAUUAACAUAGGACAUUCGUGCCGACUGCUGACCAAGAAUAUGGGCCUGAUUGUCAUAAAUGAAGGAUCGCUAGAUACAACUCGUGAAAUUUUAAGCCAUCACUGUAGUAAUCUUGGAGACUCACUCAGGAAAGAGAAUGAUUUUGCUUUAAUUAUCGAUGGCAAAUCCCUGAAGUACGCGUUGACAUUUGGAGUUAGACAGUAUUUCCUUGACCUUGCUCUGUCCUGUAAAGCCGUGAUUUGCUGCAGGGUGUCUCCUCUUCAGAAAUCUGAGGUGGUAGAAAUGGUGAAAAAACAAGUGAAAGUCAUCACCCUGGCUAUUGGUGAUGGAGCAAAUGAUGUCAGCAUGAUCCAGACUGCACACGUUGGUGUUGGGAUAAGUGGUAAUGAAGGACUUCAAGCUGCAAACUCAUCUGACUACUCCAUAGCACAGUUUAAAUACCUAAAAAACCUAUUACUGGUCCACGGUGCUUGGAAUUACAACAGAGUGUCCAAGUGCAUUUUGUACUGUUUCUACAAGAAUAUCGUGCUGUAUAUUAUUGAGAUUUGGUUUGCCUUUAUGAAUGGGUUUUCUGGACAAAUCCUCUUUGAACGAUGGUGCAUUGGUCUCUACAAUGUGAUGUUCACUGCACUUCCUCCCCUGACUCUUGGAAUAUUUGAAAGAUCCUGUCGCAAAGAGAAUAUGUUAAAGUACCCAGAGUUAUACAAGACGUCGCAGAAGGCUCUUAACUUUAAUACUAAAGUUUUCUGGGUUCAUUGCCUGAAUGGUCUCUUCCAUAGUACUAUUCUGUUCUGGUUCCCGCUGAAAGCUCUGCAGCAUGAUAAUGUGUUUUCAAAUGGAAAAACCUCAGAUUACCUUUUAUUGGGGAACAUUGUUUACACUUUUGUGGUGAUAACCGUCUGCCUGAAAGCGGGCUUAGAAACCUCCCAUUGGACCGUGUUCAGCCAUGUGGCUAUAUGGGGGAGUAUCUUGCUAUGGAUCGUGUUCUUUGGGGUCUACUCUUCAUUGUGGCCAGCAAUUCCUAUAGCACCUGACAUGUCUGGAGAGGCAGAUAUGAUGUUCCGCUCUGGUGUUUUCUGGAUGGGUCUCUUAUUUAUUCCCGUUACGUCCUUGAUUUUUGACGUGUUUUAUAAAACCGUGAAAAGAACUAGCUUUAAAAACUUGGUUGAUGAAGUUCAGGACCUUGAAGCCAAGUCCCAAGACCCAGGCUCUGUAGUACAUGGUAAAAGUUUAACAGAGAGAGCACAACUCCUGAAAAAUGUCUUCAAGAAGAACACAGUCAACAUUUAUCGCUCAGAAUCUGUACAACAAAAUCUGCUUCAUGGAUACGCUUUCUCCCAAGAUGAGAACGGCAUUGUCUCACAGUCUGAAGUCAUCCGAGCUUAUGACACCACAAAGCAGAAACCAGACGAAUGGUGAAAUGAAACUUGUCCAUCAGCUCUCUUGAGACAUGACAUAAUGAAUUGUCAAAACUUCUAUUCAGGUUUCAAGAAGAUCUGUGGUCAAUACUGUCUCCCAACUACUGAAGAAGACAACAUCGAACAAAUUGUUGCUAACCAUUAAAAUUGUGAUUCUUACUUUAAGCUUGUCAGCAAGAAGACUGGAAAGAUGUUUCAGUAUUAUUUAGAAGGAAGGAAUGCUUUGCUGUCUUAGCAAUCAGCCAGUUACUUCUACUGACCAUCAAAGUGCAGGGUCCCGAGUCUACGAGAUUGAUGAGAGUUCUGCAAUUCCUAUCAGAAGUGAAAGACCUGAGGUCCUCCUGCCUCACUGAUACAGGCGCUGUUGUAGAUGGUUGUGUACAACUAUUUUAAUAAAUAUGUUUGCCAAAGAACAAACAGAUAUUUUUUUUUCCUGCGUCCCUGCUCCAUGAGAUUUCAGAGAUGGCUGAAGCAGUAAGAUGCAACAAGGGAAAUUAUGAUCCAGUCUGUAUGGCACUGUCCAUUCGACAUUUUACACCUUCCGCCUUAUUCAUGCUUUUCUGUUUAUCUUGUAGAGUAGCUAAUGUGUCUAGUGUUCUGCACUUCCUUGUGUGUUUAGACACAAGUGUUGAUGCAUUUUGCUGAGGCUAAUGACAGACAUGUCUUUUUACUUGUCGUGUGAUGCAUUUCUUACUAAGUUUCCAUGUUUUAGCAGUUCUAUACAAUUCUCCAGUAACUUCAUCCACAUUGUAUUUGCACUAUGGUCAUACUACGUUUAGAAAAGUCCAACCUGGCCAUAUACGUUAGAUGUGUGUCACCUGAAUAAUGCUGUAUUCUUACAGUAGAUGUCAAGGGAGAUUAAGCUCAGGCUGUUGGAUUUAAACAUGCCCACUCCUUCUAUUGAAGCCCGGAGUCUAGCAGUGGCUUCUCUUCUCCCUGUUCAAAACACAUGCAUGUUCAUUCAAGCAGAGAGGAUGCUGUUGGGCCAGAUAGCGGGUGUUUAUCUCAUGUAUAGCCAACUUUAGAAAGUACUCUUUUCUGAAAAAUGUAUUUUUUAUGGUAAAAUUUAGAGAAAUUCUUUACUGCAGGAAACUAAAAAGUUUUCUCUCACGUAAACACCUUUUUCUUCUUUUAGAUUUUUUUUUUAAUUAGAAACCACCCUAGAGAGUAAAUUACUUAUGGAUUUCCUUAUUACAAUUUUUUUGUCUGUCCUGGAAGUUCUUUUUUGAUGUCACCAUUUUUCCCCCUACUAAUGGAUCAUUUUGAAAAAUUCUUUGCUCGCGAUGAACACAUUGUGAGCUCGUUGUCUGUAUUGUGCUUCUCACUAUAAAUAAAUUAUUAAAAGUAAUACAGAACUAUGACUUAAUAGCCUCCAAUGUUGAUUAAAGGGAACCUGUCACCACAAUUUUGUGUAUAGAG